UUAGUUAUAGUAGUGUGGUGUACCUUUAAAUAUUAUUCGUACUUCGUAGCGCGAUUAGUACAUUUUAAUUAAUAUUACCAUUGGUUGUGAUAAUGAUAAAUCGUUCGAAAUGCAGUCAUUAAUGUCAUUAUUGAUCUAUUAAACUCGUGUCCGGUUUCAAUUAUUUUCGUAGUGACUCCGAAUGGGUAUGAAAACAAACAGAACGGCGUUAACAUAAUUUGACACACUUAAUCGUUAAAUCGUAGAUAGGUAAGGAUUUGAACACAAAUAUUAUAACAUCGGUAUGGUUUCUCUACAGCUGAUACGAUAUUAAGGCACAAAUCUAAAAAUGGUUCUUAACCGUAGAAGCUUAGAAAAUUUGAAAAAACUUGUUCCUGGACGGGGACGAAAUGUUACUAAGGAAGAACAGAUGCGAGUAUUUGUACGCAUAAAACCCUUACCGGAAGAAGAGGAUUUACUUAAACCUAAAACAAUAAGAAUUAGAAAUGAUAAUGCUUUGAUAUUUGAUCCAAAACAAGAUGAGACACCAUUUUUUUUCCAUGGUGUUAAGCAAAAUCCCCGAGAUAUUUCAAAACGACAACAUAAAUCUAUAAAAUACGAUUUUCAUCGUGUUUUUGGACCUCAAAGUUCUAAUGAAGACAUUUAUAAUGAAAGCACUAAAGAUUUACUUGACAAACUUCUAUGUGGAUAUAAUUGUUCUGUAUUUGUGUAUGGAGCAACAGGGGCUGGAAAAACAUUUACCAUGCUGGGCAAUGAAGUCAACUAUGGUAUUACAUAUUUAACUAUGAAAGACUUGUAUGAAAAAGUAAAUGAACAACAAAAUUCAAAAAAAUUUGAAAUUUAUGUUUCCUAUCUUGAAGUGUACAAUGAAAUGGUGUAUGACUUGUUAGUAAGUGAUAAAAAGCCUUUAUUUUUACGUGAAUGUGGAAAUACAACAUCAGUUGCUGGUAUUACAAUUAAAAUGGUGAAUAACGUUGAUGAACUUAUUGAAAUGCUACGUAGAGGCAAUGACAAUCGUACUCAGCACCCUACUGAUGCUAAUGCUGAGUCAUCUAGAUCACAUGCCUUGUUUCAAGUGUACAUACAAAUGACAUUUAAACAUACAGAUCAAGUAAAAAUGGCCAAGCUGUCCAUGGUUGAUCUUGCUGGUUCAGAAAGAGCAUCUUCUAAUAAAGGAAUGAGGUUCAAAGAAGGAUCUAACAUUAAUAAGUCCCUACUCGCUCUUGGAAAUUGUAUCAACAAUUUGUCAGAUGGGUUGAGGCACAUACCUUACAGAGACUCAAAACUAACUAGAUUAUUAAAAGAUUCUCUUGGUGGGAACUGUAAGACAUUGAUGAUAUCAUGUGUGUCACCGGCUUUGUCAUCAUAUGAAGAUACCCACAACACUUUGAAGUACGCAUCUCGUGCUAUGAAAAUCAAAUCUAAUUUAAAAGAAAAUGUAAUGUCAAUCAACCAUCCUCCGUCGCAUUACACAAAAUUAAUAUCGGGCUUAGAAGAUGAAAAUCAGCUUCUGAAGAAAAAAUACGAAGAAGUAUUAAAGUCUAAGGCUCCAAUCCCGCCAGAUAAUUUAGAAGAUCUUAAAUCAACUUUAGAAUCUUUAUUCACUGGAAAAAUAAAAAAACAUAGUGAAAUUCUUCGUUUAGAAUCGACACAAAAAAAAACUGAAUUAAGAAUAUUUUUAAAGAAAAAUUUAAUUGAACGAUUUUCUUCAUUUAACGUUCCAAAUGUAGAUGAAAUGACUAGUGAAUUGAAUAGAAUCAACUUGGCUAUUCAACAAUUUCAAGGGCGCAUGGCCAGUUUAAAUGCUCAAUUAAAUAUAUUGUGGGAUGAAGCAAUUGCAUCUAACAAAGAACUAAACUUAUUUAUAAAAAAACUUGAAGAAAAUAAUGUUAAACAAUUUUUAGAUGUUGACAUUGUUCGUUUUAAUGCUGAUGUCAUUAUAGAAGAGCAGGCUACUCUUCUCGAGCAUAGAAAUGAAAUCGGUAUGAUAUUGGACAGUAACCUCAAUAUAAGUCAUGAACUAAUAACUAUGCUUGCGGAAAAAUCUAAUCAAUAUUAUACAUUAUUAGAUGCACAUAAAAAAAAUACAGAAGAUAUGAAAAAAAAUCAUAAUAAUAUAACAAAAUCAUUUUUGGGUGGUUUGAAAGCAGUUAGCUGGGAUUUUUCACCAGGAAACCAAUGUAAAAUCAAAAGGGAUGCGUAUUUUAAUUUAAAUGAACUUAGCAUUGAAAAUUUGAGAACCUGUACAAAACCGGAAUGUUCAAGACCUAUUAAAUUAGAAGAGUGCAUGAGUCCUUUGCAAGUUGUUGAAGACAAGUUGGAACAAAUUACAUUACAGCCUGAAAUUAAUAAAAUGGACACGUCACCCGAUUCAAAUGUCGAUGAAACUGUAGUAAUUUCAACUCAAGCAGAAAGUUUAAAUAAUACUUUUGUAUUGAAACAAAAUUUAGAUUUAGCUUCUGUUAAACGUCUGGCUACCACAACUACACCUCAUCGGAGUAAACCACCAAUUGAUACACGGUGCCUAACUAAAUCAAUUACUAAGCCUACCAUACAAAGGAAAAGGCUAGUACUCAAUAAUCACAAACCUGGACUUAUUAAUAGGAAAGUUAACCAAGAAAACAUGCCACUUAUUAUGGCUGCAACUAGAACUCUGGCUGAUCCAAUUCUGACCAAAGCUGUUACUAAAGCACGAAAUAAUACGAAUAAUAUUUUAACCGCAAAAUCUGUAAACACAAGGAUAACUUCACAAGACACAUGUAAGACAAUUAAUGUUAAAAACCAAAAACCUACAUUGACUAUGAGGCAACGAAAUUGGCUGUAAUAAGUUGAAGAAGUAUUAAGUGUUUAAGGGCAUACUCCUACUUUCAUAAUUGUAAUAGGUUAGGUGUUUUUUAAUUAUUAAAAACUUUUUAUAUGUGUGUAAUAUCAUAUUAGUAAUAUGUUUUAUUUUAAUUAUACUUUUAUUUAGUGAGAAAUAUUUUUAA